AUGCUCCAACAUUCCCCUAAACUUCGAUCUCUCAAGCUUAACGAGAUCCAUGACAAUGUUGUGGGAUGUUGUCCUUUUCAUUGGGAUGAACCAAGCUCUGUCCCUGAAACGUUGGUGUUGGUUCUUGAGACUUUUGAGUGGAGAAACUACAGAGGAUGGGAGAUAGAGAGAGAGCUCGCAGCUUUUAUCUUGAAGCAUUCAAGGCGUCUAAAGAUUGCAACCUUUUCGCCACCAUCAAGCACACUAGUGAAAGAGGAACUUCGUACCACACUACAACAGAAAUAUGGUAUGAUCACGGAAUUGGCGCGCUUGCCGAGGGCUUCAGCAGAAUGUGAGCUUGUGUUUGGUUAA